AUUGUGAUGCAAAAAUUUUAGUGCGUUUACUUUUGAAAUCUUCAAAUUUCCUCAACAUAGUACUUCUCACAAAUCCCCUAUUCACAGUGCGAUUUGGCAUUUUUUGGUUAUUUUAUGGCAACGCUGUGGAUUAAAUCGCCGCAAUCGCCGUUUUCCGCUGUCAUUUCUAUCGUCGUCGGCAAAAGGAAAGAAUUCUGAAAACAAAAUGGAGGUCUUUGAUUUGCAUUGAAUGAUAAGUAACUGCUUAAAAAUGUCAAAGGUCCUGUCAACUUUGUUUACAUUGGAAAAUAAUCUCAAGCUAAUCGCUCAUGAACAUUUUAUGAAUAAAUAUUAAACAAUAGAUAUUUGAACAAAGUGAAAAACAGAACACGUUGAAUACCAAAAAGAAAAAUAUAUAAUAAAAAUAACGCGAAUAAAACCGUGAGAGAGCGCUAGAGAGAGAAAAGAAGACACACACAUAUGUCGAUACUAUAAUUAUAAAGAGCGAAGUGUGUAAAAUUAAUGCAUUGCCAUACUAAAGUCGGCAAUUAAAUAUUUGGAAAGAGGGCAAGAGGAACCACCCAGACUCCCAUAUUACACCUAAAAGGAAAAGUGUGAAAACCAAGAUUUUAAUAAUUUUUGUCGAAUAAACACACAUUCACACAUACAUACACACACACACAAAAUAGCUUCCUUCUACCACCACCACCAGUUGGCGGAACGGAUUAUUUAAAAAAAAAAUUUAAUGCAAUUUUUAAACGGAUGAGCUUAUCUCUACUAAAAGGAGUGAGUGUUGAACGAUUUGCAAAAAUUGCAAACAGAAUCGAUCAACAGGCUCCGAACUGCGCUUGUGUACCACGUAAAUUGCAGAGAAUUGUUUAAAUUGCAAGAAACGUGGUAGAGAAAGGGUUUUGAUUUUUCACGUUGAAAACAUCAGAUGGAUGGAAAUGCACAAAAUAUGUUUCACGGAAAUCACCAAGGAGACCCAUACUAUCGGUAUGAUCCCACAGCUGCUGCAGCAGCAGCGGCGGCGGCCACACCGCGUGCGAUGGGACCGCCGGGCGCUUAUCCACCUCGUCAUCGGGCUCCGCAUCCACUGCAACAACAAAGCCAAUAUCCAACGUAUCAACCGGCAGCGGAUAACAUCUAUGGAUUGGCCGGUGCUGACCAGCACAGCCUUGGCAUGGGCGACCUAGGUGGCUGGGGUGCAGCGCCAAGCCAAGCUGGCCCAUAUCCAGGAUCCGGCCUGAGCGCCUAUGGUCAUCCUCAAGCAGCACCGCCAACGCAACAACGACAACCGACAGCACAGCCAAGUUAUCGCCAACACAUGCCAACUUAUGGUCAACAGGAGCAGCAAAAGCUAUCGUAUGCCACUCAACAAAUGGGCAUCAGUGGAUUAAUGCAACAAACCGGUGCGAAUGUUAGUACUGCAGGAUACGGCGCUUUGUCACAGACACAACAACCACAGCAGCAACAACAAGCGCCUACGCCACAACAACAACAGCAGCAGCAGCAGCAGCCGAAUCAGCAGCAGAGUCGGUUGCCGCAACAUUACCCGCAAGCACCGGGCCAGCAUCCACUAUAUCCAGUUGCACCGACAUCAACGGGCGGACAGACAGGUUCUUCUGUGCCAGUGCCAGGCGGUCCACAGGGCUAUACUCACAGUCCAUAUGGCAAUCCUAUGCAACAUCAAACGGGUCGUGCAGCGCAACAUGUGCCCUACGGGCAUUUGGAUCAGACAAAUCCUUAUGUCCAGCACGUGCCAACAUCGGCUGCACCGGGUAGUGUACCAACACAUCAUCUAACUGCACAGCAGCAGCAGGCUGGACAGUUAGGUGCACACGCACCACCACAUAUGGGUCCUGGUCAACAGCAGCAACAGCAGCCGCAACAACAACAGACCCCAACUGGUUUGUCACAUGGCAGCAACGCUGUAUCAGUUCAGUCAUCGCUGCCACCAGGCUUGGGUGCGACACAGCAGCAGCAACAGGCAGCCACGCAUAUGUUACAGGCUCAACAACAGCCGCAACAGUUACAACAGCAGCAGCAGCAACAACAACAACAACAAAACCACGUCGGCCUGAUACAGCCGCCAGGGCAACAUCAGCAACUUCCAGGUGCGGGCUUACCACCAGCGCACAGUAUAGGCGUGCCGCCUAGCUACAGUAGUCAUCAUCAACAGCAGCAACAACAACAACAACAACAACAGCAGCAACAACAACAACAGAAUCAACAACAGCAAAGUAGUGUACAAUCCGCAGCAGCAUCAUACUUGUCCACAGCUAAACAUCAGGCGCCUUCAUCACAGCUCUCCUCAUCCCCACAAUACCGUGCACCGUUUCCCCAGCUAUCGCCACAAAUGUCACCGCGCCCUCCGACAAUGUCGCCACAUCCGCAAAUGUCUCCACGGCCUGGCAUGUCGCCAGCUAAACCACCAACACAGUCUCAGCAGCAAGCUCAAGUGCAAACACAGCAACAAGUUAAUUCACCCAGUCAACAACCGCCGACGCAUCAUAGCAUAUCCGGUAUGGUUGGCCUUGCACCUCAGCGUCCACAACUACCGAACACUGGACCACCGAGCUCAAAGACGAGUGGUGGUGGUAGUGGUGGAGGUCCACCAGUUGUUAAUACAUUACAAGCACUUGAACAGAUGGUUAUGCCAACGCAAGGUGUUAUGUCCGGUCCGGGUGGUUUACCGAUGGACUACCCUUCGGCUUAUCGACAGGCAUCUAGCCAUGCAACAAUGUCACCGAUGGGACCACGCAUGCCGGUUUCACCACAACAUCAUCUGCAGUGGAGCCCACAUUUGGGUUUGCCACAGCCACAAAACCCACCCACAUUGAGUGUGAAUAGUGGCCUGAGCGCACAAUCGCAGUUGCAGCACCAACAACAACAAAUGAAUUUGUAUGCUCAGGCACAGGGUAUGACUCACCAGCAACCACCAUCUGGCCAUCCGUCUGCGAUUGGGGCAGUGCAACAACAGCAGCAGCAGCAACAGCCACCGCAGCAACAACAAGCGCAGCCACCACCGCCACAACAGCAACCCCAACAUCAGCAAUUGAAUGAACAAUUACAGCAUUCCAUUAAUGAUAUUGUGGGUAGUGGUCAUCAGCAGCCGCACCAGCAGCAACAACAACAACAACAACAACAAUUGCAGCAACAGCAGUUGCCGUCUAUGUCCCCAAUGCAUACUCAACAGCAACAGCAGCAAACACCACAACAGGUGACGCCAUCUACGCAACAACAGCCACAACAGUUGCAUCAUCAACAACCAACUUUGCCCAGUAUCCAUCACUUGGGCCAUCAUCAGUUGCCGCCGGCAACUGAUCACACCACUGCUUCGCUCAUGAGUAGGAGCGCGACCUCGCAUGAUCCCACAAUAGGGGGUAUACCGACAUCUCAGGCCCAGCAGCAGCAGCAGCAACAACAACCGCCUCAUACUCAACCGCAAUUACAGCAACAACCGUCGCCCCAUCAACAGCAACAACCAUCGCCACAUCAACAGCAGCAACCAUCACCACUUCAACAGGCAAUGCUCCAACAGCAGUCUCCCAGACAUCACCCACAAUUGUCGCCACAUAAUCCACCACCCCCGCCCCAGCAACAGUUGCACCAACCAUAUCAACAGCAACAGCAACACAACCAACAUCAACUGCUUGGGGAUCCAUUUGCUGCCAUGUUGACAGCCACGCAAGAGCCACCGACGAGUCUGCAGGCUGGGCUACAGCAACAACAGCAACAGCAAAUAACGCAAUUGGAGGCACCGCCAACGGCAAGCCAGAGUCAAGCUCAGGCGCAAGCUCAGGCUCAAAUGCCGUCACAAGCCCAACCACCCCAACAACAGCAGCAGCAGCAACAAAUGCCGCAACUUCAACAACAACAGCAGCAGCAGCAACAACAACAACAACAACAACAGUUGACACAACUUCAGCAACAGCAACAACAGCAGCAGCAGCCAACCCAGCGUGAAGCACAGCAGCCAAUUGUGCAAUCGAUUAUGUCACCAGCGCAUAUUUCAUCGCCCAUUGCGUCCACGCCGAUCAUAACCACGCAACAACAACACCAACAAGAACAACAACAACAAAAUCAGCAGCAACAAAUGCAGAAUCAAACACUGCCAAUCUCGCAGCAGAAACAGCAACCACUCCAACAACCACCAACACCAACUUCGACACCGUCUCACCAUUUGGCCAACAUUCUUAACGAGACAGCCAACUCGAACGACUCCUCCACACUAGCCGUGGCAGCAAAUGACAGCAACAAUAGCAGUAGUAACAGUUCAACCAAUAGCAUCGUUAAUAAUCAGCCCACCUCAGUGCACGAUAGCAAUUCACAGAGCUCCAUCAACAGCAGUAAUCAUCAGCAGCAAUCCAUGUCGGGCAUUGAUAGUCUCGGUAAUGCAGUGUUGAAUAGCAAUUCCAAUUCAGCUACUGCCACAGGUCAUAGUGGCCUGUUAGACAGCGCUGGCGCUAGCCUUUUUGACAACAAUUCUAUGUCUUCGACUAGCGCCGCCGUAGCAGCAGCGUCUUCCGCUGCUUCGGCAGCUGCAGCUAUGCUUGAUAGCAAUUCACAGUCAUCAUUCAUAGGCGCAUCCACAAGCGGUAAUGAAUUCGAUAGCGCCAGCAAGGUGCCUCAGCAAAUUCUGGAACAUAACAAUGAGCCCGAAGAUGCACCGUCGCUGCCACCUACAGUCGAGGUAGGAACGCAGGAACAAACGACUGACAAUGGUUUCAAAACAAAUGACUCAAGUGCCGAAAUCAUAAAACCGGCUGAGGAGGAAAGCACUCUUCUCAAGUCUGCCGAUGAAGAACUGCUUGAUGACAGAAUGAAGAUUUCCGAUACCACAUUACCUGAUGUGCUGUUGGAGCAAGCUAAGUGUUCGGAGGAGACCCUAUCCGCCACCGAAACCGAACCGCAAACAAGUGGCAGCGAACAAACGUCCGUACAGUCGUCGGCCCCAACGUCAGAACCAGCUCCGAUUCAGACACUGUUACCAACAGUGCCGACAACCGCAGCAGAUGAUACUAUAACCCAAAUUACUGCAGCGUCAGGCCAAACUGUUGCAACGAUGCCACCGGUGUCCAACGCGCAACCACAACCGCAACCAACAUUUCCAACAGUGCAACCUCAAUUGCCAACAAUGCUGCCACCUGGCAUGUUACCACAUCAUCCGUUGGCAAACACGCCGGGCUUGACUGCUUUGGGCUAUGAUGGCGCACAACAAAUAAUGUUACCACCAUAUGGCGCACCGGUGCCGCCACCCGGACACAUGUAUCCACCGUUCCCAAUACUGCACCAACAAGAAAUUGCAGCCUUGCAACAACAACUACAAGAAAUGUACUGUAUGCCACCGACAGGUCCGGAUCAUCAAGAGAAGAUUAUGCGUCUACAGGAACGUUUGAAUAUGUUGCAGCAACAUGAGGUGAACGAUCAAUGUACCGGCGCUGGUUCACAAUGUGUGCUCUACCAAAGCGGUGUCAUGCCACCCAUGUAUGGCAGCGCCAGUCUCAUGCACAGCCAAAUGAUGGUGGAAAGUCCACAGGUGUCAAGUACUACUGGUCGAGGACGUGGCAAGAGCGCGACAAAGCCGCGUAAACCACGCACCAAAAAAGGUGAAAAGGCCGCUUUACAACAAUUACAACAGCCCACCAGCGAUAUUAUGGAUAUAAGUGGCAAUAUUGUGCCCGCUGGUGUGAUUCCGACCACACAGCUGCCCGUUUCAGAGGAUUGUGUGACACAAGGUGCCGGUGACACCUCGGUUGUGGGUAUGAUUGAGUAUAAUGAAGGUAGCGGCGAGCACUCACAAGAUAUUGUGCACUCGGCUAAUGAGCUAGACACGUCUACCGAUGAUGCUGGAAAGAAAAAGAAACCCCCACGUAGACCACGUGCACCAAGAGAUCCAAAUAAGCCACCACGUGAUCGCACGCCAAAAGCGAAAAAGCUAAAAGAUGGCGAACUCAACUCGAGUGAAUCGUUAGCUUCAAUACGCCGUCGCAGUAAUGCAAAGAAGAAGAAGAAUGGUGAGGAGGAAGACAAGGCAGAUGGCAGUGAAGCUGAGGAUAAUAAACCACUUUCGGUGUGUAAAUCAGAUGCCGCAGAGCAAAAUGCUGCCAAUGACAACGGUGAUGACGGCGGAAAUAAGCCAGAAACUACAACAAACGACGAACCUGGUAACGCACCCAAACCGACCAACAUCGAUGGCGAUGCGCCUGACUACGACGAUAUACCAGUUUCGAAAAUUCCUACAACGCGCCCCAAUAAUGAUGAAGAAAAGACCGAGGCUGGCGAUGAAACAAUUGAUUCUGUGCCCGAUUCUGCGGGCGAUGCGACAACCACACCAAGUCGCCGUAGUAAUAAAAAACGCUCCGGUGGACGUAAUCGAGGUAAUAACAGUGAUGACGCCACUUACACUACGCGUCGCCGAGGCACACUAUCUGCACGCGCACUAAAGAAGCGUCGAAAUCGAGGACGAAUUGUGCCUGAAUCUGAUGGUGAAGAUGACACGUUGGCUAGUACACCGCCACCCUCUCCUCCACCGGACUCCGAAACCGACACGAACAAGCGUCGAUCUUCCCGUAACACACAGCGAAAGAAAUACAUUGACGAUGUUAUGUUACGUUUUUCCGAUGAUGAGUCGUCCUUGAUGACAUCGCCGGUUAAGAAAGAAAAGAAAAGUUCAGCAGCUACUGCAGCAGCUGCGGCGGCGGCGGCGGCAGCAGCAGCAGCAGCAACAACAACAGCAGCCGCCGCUGCUCCAGCAAACAGUGAUGCCGACAAGGCCGAUGCCAGUGCAGCGAACUCCAUUGCUGAAGGUGAAAUUGUUGGUACCGAUGAGAAAGCAGCAGGUGAAAUAGAAGACGGUACUGCUACUGAAGCGAGCUCUAGCACGGCUAAUGAGAAGGAGAAAAUUGUGGAAGCACCGGCACCGAUAUCGUCGAAACCAAACUACGUUUAUAUCAAUACCGGUGAUGAGGACAGUAUGGUGGUGCAGUACGUGUUGGCGGUGCGCAUGGGCAGAAGAGAAUUAAUACCGGAUCCACCACCAGCACCGCCCAAAGAAGACAAAAAUGAAGAGAUUGACGAACCUGAAGACAAGAAGAAUGAUGGAGAAGAAAAAACAGAAGAGGCUGAUAAAACGAAGACGGAUGAAGAAGUAAAAGAUGAAAAUGACAAGCCUGUAGAGGAAACCAAAGCGGAAGGGGAUGCUGAUAACUUGGAUAAGGAAAGUGAAAAGACUGAAUCCAAUAAAAAAAAUGUAGAAGAUGAAAAUAAUGCGGAAAAAAUGGAAAUAGACGAAAAUUUGGAAAACACAGCGUCAGAUGAAUGCAAAGAUGUUGCAGCAACAGAAAAAGAAAGCGAAGAUCCUACUCCAGAAACUUUGAAGAACGAAGUAGCUCCAGAUGAAGUUAAGAAAGAUGACAGUGAUACCGUUAAAAAUGAAGAUGACAAGAAAGAGGAAGUAAAUCCUGAAAACGAAACUGAGAAAGAAAAGGAAAUUAUCGAAGAUGAAUCUACAAAAGUAAACGCUGAAAAAUUAGAUACAGCAGAAACCAAAAUGACAGAAGCGAAAAGUGAGCCUGUACCAGAGAGUACAGACAAUGUGGAGAAAAUGGAUGUUGAUCCAGUAGAUGAAACCGCCACGGCCACCGCCACCGCUACGGCUGAGUCAGAGUCAAACGAGAAAGGAGAUGAAAUCACAGUUAAAGAGCCAAAAGAAGACGAAACUGUAACCACGUCUGAAAAGGACAACACUGCAGAGGCAGAUAAAGACAUAUAUACUGAAAAGAGUGAAGAGAAUGAGGGUGAAACAGAUAAAAAAGAUAAAAACGAUACAGAUGAUACAGAAAAUAAGGAAGAUAAGGAUGAUAAAGAUGAUAAAGAAGAUAAGGAUGACAAAGAAAAGGAUGAUGAUGCAAGUAGAGAUGCCGACACCACUAAACCUGAACCUGUUUUCAUUGAAGUCGAAGAAUUUUUCGUAAAAUAUCGUAACUUCUCUUACCUUCAUUGCGAGUGGCGCACCGAAGAGGAACUUUUCAAAGGUGAUCGCCGUGUAACUGCCAAGAUACGUCGUUUCCAACAAAAACAAGCUCAACAAAUGAACAUAUUCGAUAGCAUCGAGGAGGAACCCUUCAAUCCUGAUUUCGUAGAAGUCGAUCGUGUGCUGGACAUGUCUGUGCACACCGACGAAAAUUCAGGCGAGACAACAAAGCAUUAUUUAGUUAAAUGGAAGUCUUUGCCAUACGAAGAUUGCACAUGGGAAUUGGAAGAGGACGUAGAUGCUGAUAAAAUUGAGCAAUAUAUGCGUUUCAAUAAAUUACCACCACGUGCGGAGUGGAAGAACAAGAAACGACCGAACCCGGAGCUGUGGAAGAAACUUGAAAAGACGCCUGUCUAUAAAGGGGGCAACACAUUGCGUCCCUAUCAGUUGGAAGGUUUAAAUUGGUUAAAAUUCUCAUGGUACAACUCUCAUAACUGUAUCCUGGCCGAUGAAAUGGGUCUGGGCAAGACUAUACAGAGUUUAACAUUUGUGCAUUCCGUAUAUGAGUAUGGUAUACGAGGACCGUUCCUCGUCAUUGCGCCACUGUCCACCAUACCAAAUUGGCAGCGUGAAUUCGAGGGCUGGACAGAUAUGAAUAUUGUAGUUUACCAUGGCUCUGUAACGAGUAAACAAAUGAUACAGGACUAUGAAUUCUAUUAUAAGACCGAAAGUGGUAAGGUACUGAAGGAACCAGUCAAAUUUAAUGUACUAAUUACAACAUUCGAAAUGAUUGUUACCGAUCACAUGGACCUAAAGACCUUUAAUUGGCGUCUAUGUGUUAUUGACGAGGCGCAUCGCUUGAAGAAUCGCAAUUGCAAACUGUUAGAAGGCCUACGGCAAUUGAAUUUAGAACAUCGUGUGCUGCUAUCUGGUACGCCGUUGCAAAACAACAUAAGCGAAUUGUUUUCCCUGUUGAAUUUCCUUGAGCCCAAUCAAUUUUCAUGUCCGGAGGAGUUCAUGUCCGAAUUCGGCAGUUUGCAUACCGAAGAGGAAGUGAAUAAAUUGCAAGCUUUAUUGAAGCCGAUGAUGUUGCGUCGUCUUAAAGAUGAUGUAGAAAAGUCGCUUGCGCCCAAAGAGGAGACCAUCAUCGAAGUCGAACUUACAAACAUACAAAAGAAAUACUAUCGUGGUAUUUUGGAACAGAACUUUUCUUUCCUCAAAAAAGGCACCACCUCAGCGAACAUCCCUAAUUUGAUGAACACUAUGAUGGAGUUGCGUAAAUGCUGCAUACAUCCUUAUCUACUGAACGGCGCCGAGGAGCAGAUACAAUACGAUUUUCGUGCACAACACGGCGAUGAUCCCGAGUCAUAUUACAAAAAUCUCAUACAGUCGGCUGGUAAAAUGGUGUUGAUUGACAAAUUGCUGCCAAAACUGAAAGCGAACGGCCAUCGCGUCUUGAUUUUCAGUCAGAUGGUACGUUGUCUCGACAUUUUAGAAGACUACUUGGUUUAUCGCAAAUAUCCAUUCGAGCGUAUUGACGGUCGCAUACGUGGUAAUUUGCGUCAGGAAGCCAUCGAUCGUUACUCCAAGCCUGGUUCAGAUCGUUUCGUAUUUCUGCUGUGCACAAAAGCUGGGGGUUUGGGCAUCAAUUUGACCGCUGCUGAUACAGUAAUUAUAUAUGAUUCCGAUUGGAAUCCACAAAACGAUUUACAGGCACAAGCACGUUGUCAUCGUAUCGGUCAACGUAAAAUGGUCAAGAUUUAUCGUCUGCUCUGCCGUAACACAUACGAACGUGAAAUGUUCGACAAGGCAUCACUCAAAUUGGGCUUGGACAAGGCGGUAUUACAGUCAAUGAAUACAAAUAACUCCAAGGAUGGCAGUAAUCGACAAAUGUCUAAAAAAGAAAUUGAAGAUUUGCUACGCAAAGGCGCUUAUGGCGCUGUUAUGGACGAUGAUAAUGCUGGUGAUAAGUUUUGCGAAGAAGAUAUUGAUUCAAUAUUGAAACGUCGCACUCAAGUUAUUACAAUGGAGUCUGAAAAGGGUUCAACAUUUUCGAAAGCUUCAUUUGCUGCUUCCGGCAAUCGUUCGGAUAUUAAAAUCGACGAUCCAGAUUUCUGGACAAAGUGGGCUAAGAAAGCGGAUAUUGAUCCUGAUGCCUGUGAACGUGACGAAACGGAAGAUCUUGUGUUGUCAGAGCCUAGACGGCGCACACAAAUAAAACGUUACGGGCAUGAGGAUGUAAUGGAAAUCAAUUCGGACGACUCUUCGAAUGACAAUAGCGAUGAAGAGGGUGGCAUAAGUUUGCGUUCAAGACGUCGCAAAGAGAAACGUAUGCGCGAGCGAGAACGUGAAAAGAAGACUAGCAUCAAUGAUGAAUACAUACCAAGGGAGCGUGACGCCCUAGCCUCGCUGGGCUUGGAUGAAAUACAGUAUGGCAAUUGGGCCAAGUCCGAGUGCUUCAAAGUGGAGAAAGGUCUACUAUCUUUUGGGUGGGGUCGUUGGCCGGAAAUUCUGGAAUUGGGACAAUUUAAACGCGGUUGGCGUGAAAUGGAUGUCGAAGAUUGUGCCAGAAUUAUUUUACUCUACUGUCUGCAAGUCUAUAAGGGCGAUGAGAAGAUCAAAAAUUUCAUUUGGGAUCUAAUAACACCUACCGAAGAUGGUGAAGUGCAGAAGAUUAGCAGGGAUCAUAGUGGCCUUCAUAAUUUGGUGCCACGAGGUAGGAAUGCAAAAGGUCGUAAUGGUGGUAAGGCACAAAAAGAAAUGACUGCCGUAACAACCACCCCAACACAGGCCAGCAAAAUCGCUGAGGGCGAUAAGGAUACCGCCUCCGUGGCUAGCACAAGCGCUGCUACAUCGGCCACAGCUUCACCGACAAACGCGAAUUCAUCGCCAACAACUGUUGUGGUAACCACUCCACUUUCGAUUACAAAUCCAAAUGCUUGCGCCAGUCAAAAUGCGCUUAACGAUCCAAAUCACUGGAGUAAGCAGGAGAAAUUUGAUGCUGACGCAUUUCUGGAAUGUGCUUAUAAGAAACAUUUGAGCAGACACGCGAAUAAAGUUCUACUGCGCGUGCGUAUGCUCUAUUACAUACAACAUGAGGUUAUUGGCGAUCUAGUGCAGCAAAUCAAAGAGAAUACACCCGUCAGUACUUUAACGCUCUUUAAUCACUUUAAUCAACAAACACAAUACGUCGAGCUCCCCAUUCGCCCGCCCGCAACGCCCGAUCAAGUGCCAGCAUCAUGGUGGAAUCCCGCUUGCUGUGAUAAGAGUCUUUUGGUCGGAACAUACAAGCAUGGAUGUGAAAUGUAUCGUCAAAUACGUGCCGACCCCAAUUUAUGUUUCGUGGGUCAUGUUGGUGCCGGCGACGAUACGGCUGUGACAAAUUUGCCGACUAAUCUAUCUCACUGCCACAGAAACGAAGACGAUGCAAAUUCAAAGCACGAAGAUGCCGAAGAGAUCGAUGACGAUGGCACAACGACCAAAGACUCUGAUUCCACCACUAAACUUACAACAGGCGACAACAAAGAUUCACUCGAUCCCGAGCGUCCCAGUUCAUCGGGUAAGAGUAAUAAAAAACAACGGGCAAAAAGCGAAGCCGCUGACGUUGGUAGUGUUGGUGUCGUCGCUGCGAAUACUGUGGCUACUGUCGACGGUACCGCCGGUGAUACAACAAAUAAUAAGGAUGCAACAAUCGAGAAUGAAAGUGAUAAAGAAAAAGAAACUCUUGAAAAUCAGACAAAUGAUGAUGAUAUUAUUCAAAAUUCAAAUGAAAAAGAUGAAACAUCCAAAACCGAAGCACUAAACGAAACUAGUGAUGCGGACGCCACCGUUGAGAAUGUUGAAAAUGAAGUGACAACAGCGACAACAGAUGGUGUUUCGUCAUCCACCACAACUGUGGCAAACAAAACAGAUGCAACAGUUGCGAUGGACAUCGAUACUACCGAUGCCGAUUUAAUAAUAGCCGAUACUAAAUCGGAAACUGACACCGAUGCCACCACUGUUGCCACUGUUGGUGGAGAUUCAACUUCAGCUGAUACAACGGCGGCCUCAACAUCAACCGCAUCGCCACCACAAAAUAGUGGCGAAGAUGCAAUCGCACAAAACGCCACCGCUAAGAGUGACGUUGAUACUGAAAUGAAGUCGGAAAGUGAAACACCGAUCGGUCCUGUCGAUAGUGCAACAGCCACCACCAACACAAUUACUACCGCCACUGAAAAUGCUACUGCAGCAGGCAGCAGUGAUAGCACUGCUGCAGCUAAUAAUGCUUCUAAUACUUGUAAUGAACAAACGCAAAAUGACACUCUUAAUUCGACCACCGUAGGCUUAGAUGAGGAAGAAAGUGUUGCUAGUAGUUAUCCACCGACGACUAUCGCUGUUGAAGAUGCCACAAUGUGGCCAUCUAUGCAAGAUUUGAAUACACGUUUGAGGCGUGUCAUAACGGCUUAUCAACGUAAUUAUAAGAAAGAAGAAUUAAAGCAACAACAAAAGGCGAAGAAAAUGGAGCGCCAAGGAAAAAUGGAAUUGGCUGCAAAAGAGCGAGAAAGUCAACGUCUACAACAAAUACCCAAAAAGUGGAAUCGCCGUGAAGAAUAUGAAUUUCUGCGCGUACUCACUGGUUAUGGUGUUGAUCUGCAGCCACCCACAGCAAUGGGUGUUCUAUUGGCGCCGGAUUGGACGAAAUUCAAACAAAUGGCGCAUUUGGAGCGCAAAAGUGAUGAGACAUUAAGCGAUUACUAUAAAGUAUUUAUAGCGAUGUGCAAACGUAACGCUGGUGUUAAACUUAAUGAAAGUGAACGUGGUCUUGAGGGUAUCAUAGAAGAGAUUAGCGACGAUCACGCUAAAUUAAUACUCGAACGCCUCGAAUUACUGUCGAAAUUACGUGAAGUGGCGAGACAUCCGCAAUUGGAGGAACGCCUGAAAUUAUGCCAGAUGAAUGCUGACACGCCUGAUUGGUGGGAGCCUGGCAAACAUGACAAGGAACUACUAAUGGCCGUACUGAAGCAUGGUUUAUAUCGUUCAGAAACGUUCAUUUUCAAUGAUCCUAGCUUUAGCUUCGCUGAUUCCGAAAAGCGUUUCAUACGCGAAUUAGAGGCACAAAUUCAACGUUCCAUCAAGCUUGAGUCAUUCAAUGCUGAUCGUCUACCUGCCAACUUACCACCACCGAUCGUGAAGGGUGAGGUAAUAGAUUUGGAUGAUGAGUUGCUCACAAAGGACAGUCUCAUUAAGAAGGAGCAAUUCACGCCAAUCAAAAUGGAAGUCAAAUCAGAACCUGCCGUUGAAAGCACAGGUGGCGAUAAACUAAGCGCUGCUAAAACUGAGUUAGAAGCGACGACAACUGAGGCUGGUGACGAUUCAGAGGAAAAUGUUAGCAAAAAGACUGAUGAAACGGUUGAGAGCAAUGAGGAUGGCAAAUCGAGCGCUGAGUCGAAAACAAUCGAUGAAAACGCGGCAAGUAAAGAAUCGGUUGCGGAAUGCAAAGACUCGGAUGUGAUACAUGAGAUACCAGAUGAUGAUACAGAUGUUGCAGCAACAACAACUGCAAAUGAUAAAUCUGCCGAAGAAGCUGACAAAAACGCUGAGGUGACCACAGAAAAAACAGACGAUAAAACAACAAAAGACGAAAGUGUAAAAAUGGACGUUGAUGAAAGUGAUGUUGCGGAAAAAGAACCGGUAGCAGCUGAAGCUGAUAAUGAAAAGUCGAAAGAUGCAAGUGAAACCAAUGAUUUGGAGAGUGCCGCAGAGCAGAAAGAAGAUGCUGAGAAAAGUGAAAACGAGGACGAUAAAAAAUCCUCAACUGCGAUUGAAAGUAAAUCAAAUGACAGUGCAAACGAUGUGAUGUUAAAAGACACCGACACUGAUAAAGACAGUAAUUCAGCUAAUAAGGAUGAUAAUGAAAUCGAUUUGUCCCAAACAGUUGCACAACCAAUUGAAGAGGAAAGCGCAACUAAGCCAGCCACCGAGAAACCCAAGUCCGGUACCGGCGAAGAAAUACUCGAUUUGGCUGUAGCCACCACUGGCACCACAGAUCCUGAUGACGAGGACGUUAUGAAGGAAAAAGAAAAGGCGGUUGAAGAGGAAUGUAAGAAGCAAGCUGCCGAAUUGAAGGCACGUUUCCCCGAUUUGGAAGUUAUACAACCAGCCACCGUCAAACAAAGGCAGGAGAAGCCCAAAUUGGAAAUGUGUAUGAUACGCUGGUUCAAAGACUUUGCACUCGAACGCAGAAUUUCGCACAUUAUCAUUUGUGUGGAGGCCAAUAAAUGGCCUGUGAAUAAAAAUUACACCGCAUAUGCCGGUUGCAAAGGUAUUGAUCUGAGUAUUUCACUACAUGAGGCGAUACCGCAUCUUAAAAAUAUUGAACGCCCACCAUCCACACCCGAUGUCAUCACCAUAACAACCGAACAGGGCGUUACGAAGCAAUUGCAGACAUCACAGAUGCAACAAGUAGCUGGUGUAGUACCAGCACCGUCACCAGUACCCGCCAGUACACCACCAGCUGUUAACACAAAUAUCGGUCUAGGUUUGUUGCCACCGCCACCCGUCGCCGCCGCUGCCGCUGCCGCUGCCGUUGCCGGCAUUAACGGCCCGGGUAAAGGUAUUGGUAAUUUGACCGUACCGCCAUUGGACGCCAACAGCAUAAAUGCUGCGGUCGCCGCAGCUGUUGCAGCAGCUGCAGCUGGUGGCAAUAAUCCAAAUGCACUCUCAGCAAAUGCUCUAUCGGCGCUACUGCCAGGUAAUGCCGCUGCAGCAGCGGCUGCAGCAGCAGCCUUAAAUAAUGUACCAUCUGUUAUACCACCAACAACAACUACCAGCAUGCCGACCACUAUACCAACACCCAUACCAAGUACCACCCAAACGACGGGUAAGAAGCGCAAGCGGCAUAUAGCCAUUGACGUCGAAACCGAGCGCGCCAAAUUGCACGCACUGCUAAAUAGUUCACAAAAUAUGGGUCUCAAAGAUUGGGAGACUGAAAUCGCAAAUAUGGAGCCCUUAGCUGCUACCGCACAGCCAUCAGGUCGUCGCAGCGCAUCAGCUGUAUCGCCAGCUGCCCCAGCAGCAACUGCUACAAAUAUGUCACUACAGCCGCCGCCUGCGCAUCAGCAUGCCUCGUUGUCGCGCCAGUCAUCGGGUCAAUUCAGCAAACCAGCCAUACCUCCACUCAAGACCCCAGCAGCGUCGAUGGGGGCGCCAAUGGACUUGUCUUCAAGCUUGCCACGCAUGAACAUGGCAGACAUAUUGAAGUCUGCUUCGAACGCCUCCGGGGCAAUAGAUUUAAGUGAAGUACAAGAUUUCUCAAUGCCCUCAAAGAAAUCUGCAACAACAUCGCACUUACAGGCUUCCCUAAGCUCUGCAUUUCCAUCUAUGGGCGGCAAGGGUAAACUGGAUGACACUCUCAACAAACUUAUGAAGAAGAAUAAUUGCACCAUCGAAGAACCAGUUAUUGGAAAAGAAAAGAAACGCAAGAAACUCGAUGAAAUCGUUUUGGGCCUAUCAGCUGCUAAGGAACAGAAAACCUUCCCUGAUCCAUCGCUACCGUCAUCGAAGAAACCGCAAAUACCACCAAGUGUAUCGGUAACGCCAGCCAAUCUGCCGACUUCGGUAUCAAAUCAAAGCCAGCAAAAUCAAAAACCCUUUACUAUCACUGUUACGACAGUGCCCGGAAAAUCUAAAUCGGGUGGCAACUCCUCAAUGCCUUCGCCAGCUUCAGCUCCCUCAAUGUCGAACAGCAACAUGAAUUUGAUGAGCGGCGGCUUGUCAUUGAAGGAUAUUAACGCGUUUGUUGCCCAAACAAUGGCCUCAGAUCCGCAAACGCUGCUUAAACAACAGCAAAAGAUGAUGCAAUGCUUGCCGCCGGCGCAGCGCAAAGCAUGUGAAGCUAUGUUCGCCGAAAUCGAGCAAGCCGUCAAGUUAAGUGCUAAAUACAACAUGCCCGAUACAAAGGUGAAUAAGUGGCUGACAGACAUGAGUACACCACUAACUGACCAAUUAAAUAUGGACUUCACCAACCCAACACCCAGUACAAGUAGUAAUACGAAUAGCCGGCGUUCGAAUCGGCAACAGAGUAACAAUUCGUCCCACCAGUCGUCUGUGUCUCAAAUGAGCAAAGCUGCUGCAGCACAAUCUGCGCAAUCGCAUGCACAUCAACAACAACAGCAACAGCAGCAGCAGCAGCAACAGCAACAACAACAGUCCAGUAUGGGCGGUGUUCCGGGGCUCACUGGCGAAGAGCCGGUACCUGUAGUAAACAAACAAACCGGUAAACGUAUUUCGGGCAGCAAAGCUCCACAACUGAAACGUCUGAUGCAGUGGUUAACUGAAAAUCCCAAUUACGAAGUCGAUCCAAAAUGGUUGGAGCAAAUUCAAAAUCCAAUGUCAAUACCGUCACCAAAACUUUUGGAAAACAGUAAUUAUGCAUCGACGAGUAAAUCAUCGCAUGGUGGUCGACCUUCAUCCACUUCAAGUAGUUCAUCGUCGGGCGCCCACGCACAACAACAACAACAACAACAACAAUCGUCAUCCACACAAUCUUCUCCAGCACCGUCACCGACUGUUUCUUCCAAGAAGUCAUCACGGCAGACAGCAAUCGAUCAGGCAAAUGCUGCCAUGCAAUUCGGUUCAUUAGCCGGACUUAACCCAAAUCUGCUAGCCAGUUUGCCCGGCCUAGGAGCAUUUGAUCCAAAGAAUCCACUGGGCGCUUUUGAUCCCAAAAAUCCACUGCUGUCGAUGCCGUUCCCCGGUAUGCCUGGAAUGGGCAACAUACCUGGCUUGAAUAAUUUGAACAACAUGAACUUGUUCGCCAGCCUGGCCAGCAUGGGUGGUCUCGGCAAUUUGGCCACCAUGGAUCCGCAAACGUUAGCCGCAUUAAUGGCUGCUGGUUCGGCGUUGGCUGGCUUGGGUGGUCCAAACACGGCCACUGGAAACUCAGGUACAAGCAAAAAUACCCAAUCUGGUGGUUCAUCAAGUAAGAAGAGUAAAAAUGACGCACAGCAAAAUGCAAUGAAUUUGGGCGCUUUGACUGGCAAUUCCGGCAACAGUGGCAAUACUGGCGGCGGCAGUGGUAGUUCAUCAAAUAAAAAUGCCAACGCCGCAGCUGCUGCAGCAUCACAGUUAACAGGCUGUUUCCCGUACCUGUUCCCCAAUCCGUCGUUACUUUAUCCACCAAUGGGUCUUGGCGGUUUGAAUCCAUACUCAUUAGGGUCGUCUGGUCUGGGCUCAGCUUACGAUCAAUUGGCGCAACAAUACAAUUUAUUAAAUGGUGGCGCGGGUGUCACCUCAUCCGCAGGAAGCUCUUCCACAACACAGUCGAAGUCUCACCAAUCUCAAUCGAAAUCGAGUAACUCGCGUGCAUCCACAUCGUCCGCAUCAUCAGCGGCCUCCGUGGCGAAUCUAAUGAACGCAAUGGCAAGUAUGGGUGCUGCCGGUCAACCGCCUACCAGCGUGAGUAGCUCACAAUCAUCAUCACGUAGUGGCGGACGUCAGUCAGCAGCUAGUCGCGCUGCCGCACAAGUAGCCGAAAUGGCACAACUUUCGAGUUUACUCUUACCUGGAGCAGAUCCUCAUAUGCUUGAAUCUCUCAGUCGCAUGGACUUAGCACAAAGUACACGCUUGUUGAGCUCAUUGGGCAUUCCACCAAUUACUGCGCCUACAACACAAUCCUCAGCGAGUGAUAAACGUUCGUCCAAUAGCAAUUCAGCUGCCUCUAUCGCUGCGCAACAAGCAGCUCAGGCAGAAAAACAAGCUGCAAAAGAGCAACAAAAGUGGAUGGAAAGUUUGGCGCGCGGUCAACUACCCACAGAUUUGGCCACUCUGCAAGCAUUCUCUCAAGGUAAAUUCCCUGCCUCAUUGACUGGCGGUAGCCAAUCAGCCUCCACGUCAUCGUCGGCGACAACAUCGUCGGCUUCGUCGAGCAAGAACGCCUCGAAGGCGGCAGCUGCUGCGCUAGCUGCACAAUUGCCGCAAAUCCUUGGUUUACCAAGUGAUUUUGCACCAGCAAUGAUUGCCGAUAUGGCACAUGCGUUGACCGCUCCUGGUUCGUUGGCAAGUUUGGCGGGCUUAACUGCGCCACCAACCAGUAGCGCGUCAUCAAUGAUGGGCGGUGGCAGUGGCAGCAGCAGCACUUCGAGUUCCUCGAAACGCCAACGAGGCGGCGCCGGCGGUGGCAGUGGCGGUGGCGGCGGUAGUAAUAGUAGUAGCAAUAGCAAUAUGCUUGAUCCGGAUGCCUUGACCAAGGAUGCCUUCAAACAACAAAUGGAGUACUACACCAAGACAUUGGGACUCGGUUCCGGCAUCUCAUUAAUACCCACCUCAGUGGCAACAAGUAUGAGCAACAGCGGCGUAUCCAAUACCAUGUCGAAUGCGCAAAUGGAUGAUCACCACAAAUCGAAACGUUCACGUAUGGACUCGCAUGCCGCGGCAUUGGCCAAUGCUAAAGAUGAAUUAUCCGCAGCCAUGUUGGCCAGUGGACUACCAUUAAAUCUGGGCGGCGGCAUGACAAGCAUAGAAAAGAGCUUACGUGGCGGUAGUCUCGGCAUGGGUGGUGGUGGUGGUGGUGCUACGAUGCCCGAAGCCGACAAAGUCACGCUGACACCAUUAAACUCCGCCGGCAUUGCGGCCAACCUGCCAUCGCAGACCACAAUCACCAUUGCGCCACCGAUAAGUUCCGGUGCCAGCUCGAGUAGCGAACGUUCUGAACGCAGCGAGUCACGCAUCUCCUUGACCAUCACAAAUGCUGCUGAUGCAGCCAAGUUACCGCCACCGUAUGAAGAGGCGGAUGAGCUGAUAAUACAACCCAUAUUGAAAAAACCACAAAAUACACCCACAUCAACUGCGGCCAGUAUUGCCUCGAGCAGUCAUCACGGUAGUGUCGAAGAUUUAGAAGCAGCUGUAGCAGCUAGUCUAGCAGCCGGUGGUGGUGGCGGCGGUGGUAUCGGCGAUGGUAACAGUGGUAAUACAACACCUACACCGUCAACAUCCGCUGCGGCAGCUGCAGCUGCAAUGGCAGCAGCGGCGGCCUCCGCCAGUGAAGAACAUCGACGUUCAUCCAGCCGUUUGAAACGACCACGUACAGGUGGCGAUCAUGCGCUAAACGAACAGCCGCCUGAAAAGCGACGUGAAUUGCGCUCAACGCGACAUACGCGCCAAUCGAGCGGUAGUUUGGAGCAAUCUCUAAAUUUGUCAACAAAUAACGAGGCUGAGGAAAAGAAUGAAUGAGUACUGCGACGUACAACGCGACUGACGACUACAAGUAAAUAGGACAAGCAACAACAAGCGCGCAAGAAGCGGAAAUAAGUAAUUAGAUUGUAAAAUAAGUAGGAGUAGAAUGAAGGAAUAAUGCAUAAUUAAAGUGUUGUGUAUGGAGAGGAAGAGAGGAGGCAAAAGUUGAAGCGCAAUAGCGAAUCUAAUAGUAUUAGCCAAGCUAUACAAUCAAAAAAUCGACUGUGGUUUUAUCUCCAAACAUCUUAUCCGCUUAGUAAGUUUGGAAAACAAUAAAAAAAAAUCGAAUUUCUCACUUUAUUGCGAUGCUGCUGUUCGUAAUUUUGGGUGAAAACGAUUAGACUUUUCCAAAUUUUCAUAGUAAAAACAAAUCAUUUGCAAUCAUUCUUAAAACGUAAAAUUCUUAAGAGAUGUUUAUGCAACAUGUCCAUAAACUCGCACCGAAUGACCAGUGCUGCAAAGGUCCAUUCAUUGCUGUGAUUUGAUGUUCGUUGCUAAAACAUCUGUAAAAUCCAGUAUGAUGCGCUUGUCAUUUGAGCUGCUGCUGAUGCUGUUGACAAGCCGCAUACGAUAUAUUUUCAUAACUGUUAUGUAAACUAAAACGCCUCUUCCCUACGCUCUCCACAUGCCUGACUAUAAAUAUUAUUAUAUGAAUUAGUUCUUUUUAAAUCAAUUACCUUUAGCGGUGAGCUAAUAAGUAUAGACAGAGAGAAAGUAAAAGAGAAAAAUUAUUAUGAAAAGCGCUUAUAAUUAUAAAACAUAUUAUAAAAUGAAAAAGUUAUUACUAUAAAUUAUUGCUAAA